AUGAUGAUGAAUAAAGAAGAAAACAGCGACUACGGGGAACCUGCCCCAUAUGACCCGACAUUCAGUGGCCCUGUUCAGAAAAGGGCAUGUACUGAUGUCUUGUGCUGUAUUAUUUUCUUUGCGGCGAUGGUUGGAUAUGUUAUUCUUGGGGGGGCUGCUUGGCUUUAUGGAAACCCCCAAUAUAUUAUAAAUGAGCAGAACUCUGCUGGAGGAUUCUGCGGAAUUGGACCCAACGUUGACAAACCCAACGUGUUUUAUUUUGAUGUGCUGAAGUGUGCCUCUGCAGCCAAUGUAACAGCUGCAACGUUCAAGGGCCUUCAGUGUCCAACAACCCAAGUGUGCGUCAAGAACUGCCCCUCUGCAUUUUGGUUUUUGCCCCCUAAAGCAUUCAUUGCAGGGGCAAAACCAAGUGAAUUCUUCCAACAGGAGUUUUGUGACCCUAGUUUGGACCUUGCUCGGACCACACUGACAGUGCAAGAGAUCCUGAACAAAGAUCUGUGCCCAGCAUAUUAUAUGCCAACCAAAAAAGUUCAGGGAAAAUGUUUGCCAAGUUUUGACCCAAAGAGCAUUCCAUCAGACUUCAGUGUCCCUGGAUUAACUUUAGAUGAAAAAACACUGAAGAACAUAAUGGAUGCUACAAGAGGUCUCCAUUCGGGAUUUAAUGCGAAAUCCAUAAAAGUCAAGAUCAUUGAAGACCUUGCCUUUACGUGGUAUUGGAUAAUACUAGGUCUGGUGAUUACAUUGGUGGUAAGUAUGGUGGUUAUUCUGCUGAUGCGAUUCUGCAUGUCAGUGGUGGUCGUGCUGCUUCUCGUCGGUGUUCUAUCAGUGGGAGCAUAUGGCAUUUACCAGUGCUACCAGGGGUACCAGGCAAUAAUAAACUCACAGCUCAUGCUGAGUGACCUCAGUCUUCAAUCCACAAUGUCAGACAUCCUUCAAGUGAAGGAGAUCUGGCUGGCUUUGUUGGUGAUUGUGUCCCUGCUGGAGUUCAUCCUGUUGAUGCUGUUUGUGUCAUGUUUAAGAAAAGGAUUUGUGAAAGCUUUGGCAAUGAUGGAGCAGUGUAGCAAGGCAAUGGGUGCCAUGGUCUCUGUAAUGGCAUUUCCGUUGGUCACAUUUCUGCUGGUCACACUCUGUCUGAGCUUCUGCGCAGUGACUAGCAUAAAUCUGGCUACUUCUGGACUGCCAGUGUACUACAAAGUUGCACUGAAUUCAUCAAAUCCAGAAUGUGAUGCCAUCACAGGCAAUCAAACAUGUGUCCCAGAGUCUUUCAAGGCUUCAGACUACCCCAAAUGUCCUGUGCGCUGUGUCUUCGCUAAAUAUGAUGAGGAAGACGGGUUUUUCCAGAGAAAUGCCAAAUAUUUCCAGAUCUAUAAUUUCCUGGCAUGUUUCUGGUGUCUUCAUUUUAUUAUCACAUUGAGCCAGUGCACACUAGCCAGAACCUUCAGUGCCUAUUAUUGGUCAUUGAGUAAACCACAGGACAUUGCCCGAUCUACUCUCUCCAAAGCCCUGUUCCAGACAUUACGGUACCAUACUGGCUCCUUGGCGUUUGGUGCUGUCUUUGUUACCAUGUUCCAGGGCAUCAGGACUGUGCUGCAAUAUCUUAAAAAUAGAUGCAGUUGGUGCUGUUGUCCACUGGUGAUCAUGCUGAGAUUAUGCUUCUACGUCUUGGAUACCGUCAUUAAAUAUUUUAACAGGAAUGCCUACAUAAUGAUCGCGAUCUACGGAGACAACUUCUUCACGUCAUCUAGGAAUGCCUGCAUGCUCUGGGGAAGGAACAAGGACCGAGUACUGGUGGUGGACCAAGUUACGGACUUGCUGCUGUUCUUCGCAAGACUGUUGGUGGUUGGAGCAAUAGGUGUUUUGGCUUUCUGCUUCUUCUCUGGAGAAAUCAGAGUGUCGGCAGACAUCUACCAGGCAGAGUUGCUACACUAUUACUGGCUGCCUAUUCUUAUCUUGAUGGUUGGAUCCUACUUCAUUGCUCUCGGCUGCUUCAGUGUCUACAGCAUGGGUGUGGACACGUUCACCAUCUGUGUCAUGGAUGAUCUGGAGCGCAGUGACGGGACUCUGCAGAGACCCUACAUGUCAAGGAGCAUGAUAGAGCUCCUUCAGAAGCAAAAAGAGUUUGAUGUUUAAUAAAAAUAUGUGAAUAAGUU